GGACGAUAACUGGAGCCUCCCCCACUAUCUUUCCCCAGGCUGCGGGUCCCUUUUGCCCACCACCCGUCUCGCCCUCUCCCCUCAACCUUCUCAAUUGAGAGUCCAUACCAGCAGCAAUGGCCUCAACCUUUGCCCGUCUACUCACUAGGAGUUUGACCUACACUAGGCCUUUGGCCGUCACCUCCCCGAUUCGCGCCGCUCAUCCAGUUCGGCCCUUUAAAUCGACCCGGAUAUCUAGGGCAGAGGCGGUGCCGUACCAGAAAACCACUUUGACCGAGUUAACACCGAAAAAUGAGACCACAAAUGACUGUGAGCAUUCCGGAAACCUUGCGGAUUGAUAGGCAGAAUUAAUCUGAGUUAGACUUGACGGAGGAUCCUAAUCAUCCCGACCCGGUGCAUGGCAGGAAAAUGAGGCAUUAUACCGUCAAUUUCGUAUGUUCGCUACCGUUUGAGAAUCGGAUGUACCGGAGGGGGUGGUGGUCUGGGUUAACGGGUUUUGGAUAGGGUCCUCAACAUCCGGCUGCCCAUGGUGUGUUACGAUUGAUUCUCGAAUUGAAUGGGGAGGAGAUCAUUCGUGCAGACCCUCAUGUUGGGCUCCUGCAUAGAGGUACAGAAAAGCUUAUUGAGUACAAGACGUAUCUUCAGGUACUGGAGGUUCUUGUGCAUUAGAUAGGACCUUGGGCGGCUGACGGUGGGCUCACAGGCUUUGCCAUACUUUGACCGUUUGGAUUAUGUUUCCAUGUAAGCCAAAAGCAGUUUGUUUUGUCUGAAUAUACAAUGCUAACCAUUUUGCAGGAUGACGAACGGUACUCCAUUCUGGCAGCCCUGUCGUGUGGGGAUGAAUGCUGAUACAUUUUGAUUACAGAACAGUGCUUUUCCCUUGCCGUCGAGAAACUCCUCAAUAUCGAGAUUCCGGAUCGCGCCAAAUGGAUCCGGACAAUGUUUGGUGAAAUUACUCGUAUCCUUAACCAUCUGAUGUCCGUACUGUCGCACGCUAUGGGUAAGCUUCAGGAUUGCUUUUCUUUGAGUUGGAAACUCUCGCCAACUAAACAUAUAUAGAUGUUGGUGCCCUCACACCCUUCCUUUGGGGGUUUGAAGAGCGUGAAAAACUCAUGGUACACUCGCCACUACUCAUCAACGGCAACACCGACUAAUAAACCUCGUUAGGAAUUCUAUGAGCGCGUUUCUGGAGCCCGCCUCCAUGCAGCCUACGUCCGCCCCGGCGGUGUCCACCAAGACCUGCCCGUCGGCCUCCUGGACGACAUCUACCAAUGGGCCACCCAAUUCGGAGAUCGCAUUGACGAGACCGAAGAACUCCUGACAGACAAUCGCAUAUGGAUAGCCCGCACAAAAGGUGUCGGUGUUGUAUCAGCGGCAGAUGCCAUAAACUACUCUUUUACAGGCGUCAUGCUCCGCGGCUCUGGCGUCCCCUGGGACAUCCGCAAAUCUGCUCCAUACGACGCCUACGACCAAGUUGAUUUCGAUGUACCAGUCGGCCAGGCGGGCGACUGCUAUGACCGCUAUCUCUGCCGAAUGGAAGAAUUCCGCCAGAGCCUGCGCAUCAUCCACCAGUGCCUCAACAAGAUGCCUCCGGGGCCCAUCCGCGUGGAAGACUACAAAAUCUCCCCGCCACCGAGAGUAGCAAUGAAGGAGAACAUGGAAGCGCUCAUCCAUCACUUUUUGCUCUACACCAAGGGAUAUGCGGUCCCGCCCGGCGAGACAUACAGCGCUAUCGAAGCCCCCAAGGGUGAAAUGGGUGUGUUCGUUGUCUCGGACGGGAGCGAGCGUCCUUACAGGUGCAAGAUUCGUGCACCAGGGUUUGCGCACUUGGGCUCGUUUGACCAGGUUUCAAGAGGCCAUUUACUCGCAGAUGCGGUGGCGAUUAUCGGAACCAUGGACUUGGUGUUUGGGGAGGUGGAUAGAUAGAUUUGAUGAUGAGAUAAAUUCUAGGCAGGGUUCGCUUUAGGGGGGGGGGGGGUUCGGAAAUGUAUAUUUUAUCAUUGGCGAUCACCAUAUAAAAAACAUGUUCGCAAAAUUGAGCAACGGACUUGUAUCAAGUGAAUGUAUGAAUUUUGGAGUGGAAGGGGAAGGAAGGAAGUAAUGGAUUGAUUAAUGAUGCUGGUAUUCCAACCUUGCGAUUUAUAUACAUGCGAAAGGAAAGGAACAGUAAAGAAAUUGCCUCUUGCCUUUAGCUUGGCCCGGCCGGUUGUCCCACUUUGAUCCUUCGUAGUAGUGCUUAGCAUGAGAGGCCAUGUAAGCCGUACGAGGAAGAAAAGAAGGAAGGAGAUCACAAGACAAAGAAACGUCGAUUAGCGAAGGUAAGUUAAGUUAAAUUCAAGAGACAGAAAAGAAAAGAAAACGAAAGCUAGAGUUAAAAGGUAAAGAGAGCAAAUAAUUAUGAGCUGUAAGGUAGAAGAAAUAAGAUAUCCUGAAUCCCCUCCUGCCUGCCGUCAUUUAUUGGCAAACCAAGGGUGCGGAAGUCCGACAGGCAAGCCAGAAGAAAAAGCUAGGAAAGAAAGAAAGAGGUAAAGAAAAAAAAACCUCAGAUCAAGAUUAGAUGAGACGAGAAGUGCCGUAAGUUUUCGUUCUCGUUUUUGUUUCCUUUUCGUAUAAAUGUAAAAAAAUACACUUUACGACUCGACUCAAUAAGCUUAAUUCGCGACUUAUGAUGAUAGCAAAACACCCAGAUGACCAGACAAUUUGGUUCAUUUUUUCUCUUAUCCUUUCUCUCCCCUAUUUCCUCACUCCGGGGGUAAACACGCGACAAGUUUUGUGAAAGUGCGUAAUAGAAAACUUUGACAAUGACCUUCCCCUGGAUUAUACUUUGAUUCCCUUUUUUUUCUUUGUUUUUCCAUUUUUUCAUCACCUUUUUUGUAGGGUACCGUACUCCAUGCACUUUUUUUCCGUUCAUAAAGGUUGCUAUUUAUUUGCCUCCAUUUUCAUUGUAGUUUCUGUGAAAGUUUGCGCUCUCAUCGAUAAGUCUACAGAGAGAUGCACCGCAUUCCGGGUCGAUUUCCUGCCCGUCACGGCCGAUGAGGACCGGCUGGUCUUCGUUCAGACGGUUAGUCAGAUGCGCUACGCGAUGGAAGUUGAUGUCAUUGAUUGUGAUCCAUCGGAUUCUGAAGGGGCCUGAAGACUCCCAGAGAAGGUUCUUGGCCCAUGUUGGUAUCGGCGCUGAGCCAGGAGCAGAUUCCAUACGAGCCUGGUGCGAUAUUAGACUGACAUACACAUAUAUAUGGGUAACCCCCAUGCCACGAUCACUCUGAAUGAAACUUACAUAGCCCUGGAAUUUCCCGCUCUUGUUAACUGAGAAAACGAGGAUAACGUCACGAGAAGUUUUGAAUGCCUCUUCGAACAUCUCCGAGUUUUUCUUCUGAGUCGCCCAUAGUUCCUAUUGUCCACAAAUGAUUCUGGUCAGAAUUUUGAUAGCAUCAAUUUAAGUAUCAAGAUCUCUCACGUCUUUUUGGGCCAUUUUCACAUUAUCGUGAUUGAAGCUCUUAACCACAAAGUACCUGGUA